UAUCGAUUGUUCAGCAAGUGCAAAAGGCGAACGAAAAAAACAAAAAGCGCAUUAAACACGGAAUGACAAACAACUCAAACGGUCGACUCAGCGAAUACUUCGCCAACGACCCGCCCAGUUUUUUUGAUGAGCUGACAACUAAUAAAUCAAAGCCCAAGGACACGCAGCCAACAAGCGGAGCUGAAAAGCCCAGCAGCAAUAUGUUGGCCAGCACAUUUACGGGCAGUUUUCAAGCGCCCGAAUUCAUAGAAACUGCUGAAGCAGAAGAGCCAAUAAAAGUCACCGAUGAUGUGAGAAAUUUGUGGCAGCUGCCCACUCCCAACGAGCCGGGCAAGCAGUCAACACACUUAAUUAUGCCAGGCCUGCACAUAGCCAACGAUUUGCCUGAUCCGAUAGCGGUUGCUGUGCGUCAACACCUGGAGGAAGCGGAAUUGCAGCAGCGGAAAAUCCUUGGCGUCGAGGAUGUAACGCAGGAUGAGCGUGGCAUACGGACGCUAAUCAAUGCCGGCUGCUUUCGGGCCGCUGUCAAUCUCACGGGCAGACUGCUGACCAUCUAUGGCCAGGGGUAUGGACGAGGUGGUCAGCCGGCCAAGCAUUCUCCGCAUUCCCUGCAGUUGUGGUUUACACGGCUCGCCCUGCUGGCCAAGCUGGGCGAAUAUGAGCUACUGCAGGCGGAAGCUGAACCCUUCGGCCAGCUGAAUGGACCCGAUGUAUUCUACGAAUUUUACCCGGAGAUGUACAAAGGGAAACAGGGCUCCAUUGCGUGCUUCUCGUUUCGUCUGCUGUUGGCCGAGCUACCCAUAUAUCUGGGCAAACCGCAUCUGGCGCUGGAUCGCCUCUCCGAACUCCAUGUGAUCAGCAACGAUAUCAAAGCGCAUUACGAAACGCUAAAGAAUGAGACAGCAGCUGAAUUUUGGCAGCGACGGGCUGAGCGUGUUUUACAAUCCAUCAUCAACUGUGCUCUGAUGAUGAAGAAAUUCAGCAUGAUUGAUGAUAUAAUGGGUGGAAUGCUACUCACGCGUACUUCCCUCAGCAAGGAGGAGCGACGAUCUUUGUAUUCCGCUUGGGGUCGCAUUUAUCUGCAAAUUGGCGAUAUUUUUGGAGCGGAACAAAAAAUUGCAGUCUCGCGUCGUUUGCGUGAAAUAAAUACGACGGCUGAUUUGCGGGAUCUGGUGGACAAGGGCCUGAUUGCGGUGGCCAAAAAUGAUUUUCCAGAGGCUUAUCUUAUAUUCCAGAAGGCGUUGCAUUUGGACUCGGGCAAUACGAUGAUACUGAAUAAUAUGGGCGUUUGUCUGCUAUAUGCCGGCAAACUGAAGGAUGCCAUCAAUUUGUAUGAGCGCGCCAUUAAUAUGAAUCCGCAGAAAUCAUUGAACGAAAGUUUGUUAGUAAAUUUAUCAACUUUGUAUGAGUUGGAAUCGAAUAAUUCCAAGGCGAAAAAGUUGGAUUUGUUGCGUUUGAUAAACAGAUUUAAGCCGGAUCUCAAUAUAAGUGUAGAAAUUUGCCUUAAGCUGCAGGCAACAAAUUAGUGAAGAAAUAUAUAUGUGUAAUUAUUGUUGGUAAACAUUCCAUAACCUCCAUCCAUUGAGAUUUGAAUAAAAUUCAAAA